AUGCAUGGGCCUAGCCGCCUGAGCAACGGGGUGAGCUCCUUAUCUCCGCCGGCGUCUCCCCGCCACCGCGGCAGCCGUGUCAAGAGCAACGCCGCCGCCGCCGCCUCCGGCGGCGGAUGCGGCGGCGGGAACUUCCGUGGAGGCGGCGCUGCUGCUGCUGCUGCUGCUGGUGGUGGGAGGGCGGACAUGAAGAAUGUGAUGGAGGGGAUUGGGUAUUUAUUGAUUUCAUCAUUGUACAGGAGAAGAGGGGUGCUUUUAUUUGCCCCUUUGCUAUAUAUUUCUGGGUUGCUAAUGUAUAUGGGCAUAGUGGGAUUUGAUUCUGAAAAUAAUAAUGGUGGUGUCCCUGACGUUGUCGGGCCAGGCUCAGUGUACCGGAGCCCUCAGGUUUUUGAGAAGCUAUGGCCUUUUAUGGAGGCUGAAAGCAAUCGAAGCUCUAAUAUGUUGAUGAAUGUUUGGAAUCCAAAGUUGGGUCAAGUUUGGAAGCCUUGUAUCAAGCAGACUGUAUCCCAUUCAGAGUUUCCAAAGUCAAAUGGUUUCCUAAUAAUUGAAGCAAAUGGAGGACUAAACCAACAAAGACUAUCGAUUUGUGAUGCAGUGGCAGUGGCUGGUUUGCUGAAUGCUACACUUGUUAUUCCCAUUUUUCAUUUAAAUAGUGUCUGGAAAGAUUCCAGCAAAUUCGGGGAUAUUUUCGAUGAGGAAUUCUUCAUAUAUGCUCUUAGAAAUCACGUUAACGUGGUUAGACAACUUCCUGAAGAUAUACUCCAGCAAUUUGAUAACAAUAUAAGCAACAUAGUGAAUUUGCGGGUAAAAGGAUGGUCGAGCCCUAAGUUUUAUCUUGAAAAGGUUCUACCGAAGCUGGUGGAGUUAAAGGCUGUCCGUAUAGCGCCUUUCUCAAACAGAUUGGCUCAUGCAGUCCCUCCAUAUAUCCAAGGGCUUAGAUGCCUAUGCAAUUUUGAAGCACUGAGAUUUUCGGGACCCAUACGGAUGCUAGCCGCCAAGAUGGUCGAUCGGAUGGUGAAAAAUAGUACUAAAAGUGGGGGGAGAUACGUAUCUGUACACCUUCGAUUUGAAGAGGAUAUGGUUGCAUUCUCCUGCUGCAUAUAUGACGGAGGUGAAGAGGAAAAACGUGAAAUGGACUUCGUUCGGGAGAGAAGUUGGAGAGGGAAAUUUAGGAGAAGAGGUCGAGUAAUAAGACCCGGCGCAAAUCGUGUGGAUGGGAAAUGCCCUUUAACACCCCUCGAGGUUGGAAUGAUGCUUAGGGGCAUGGGAUUUGAUAACAACACCUCUCUGUUUGUUGCUGCUGGAAAGAUUUACAAAGUUGAGAAGCAUAUGGCUCCUUUAAAACAAAUGUUUCCCCGUCUCGAGACUAAAGAUACUCUGGCUUCCCCUGAUGAGCUAGCUCCAUUUGUGGGGUACUCGUCGAGAUUGGCGGCCCUAGACUAUACGGUUUGCCUCCAUAGUGAAGUUUUUGUCACGACGCAAGGUGGUAAUUUCCCUCAUUUCUUGGUGGGCCACAGGCGCUAUGUCUAUGAAGGGCACGCCAAAACAAUAAAGCCCGAUAAGAGGAAGUUAGCCCAAUUGUUCGAUAAGCCGAGCAUCAGAUGGCAAGAUUUUAAGCGGCAAAUGCAGGAUAUGCUUCACCAUAAUGACGUCAAGGGCAAAGAGAUGAGAAAGCCGAGUAGCUCACUCUACAUGCACCCCAUGCCCGAUUGCAUGUGUAGAAAGUCAGACUCCAAAACCGAGUCGAGUAACACGACAAAAACUGCCUAA